AUUCUCCAUCACAACUACAUUGCAAGUAACAAAUCUUUGCCUCUCAAACUUUGCUCAUAAACUUCAAACAAAUAUCAGAAACCAAUCAUAGAAGUAAACUAAACCUCUAGAGAUAUGGAAGCUAGAAGUUGCCACAUUGUGUUGUUUUUCAUGUCUCUUUCCUUCUAUUCAGGUUUAUGUCGUAAUUCGAUAACAUUAAGAGAAGAUUCAUCGUAUGAUUUUAGUACGACUCAAUUGGAUUCAAUUCCGAUUGUAAACCCGACAACACCCGGAUCAGGAAAUCCUUAUCCAACGGUUAACCCGACAUCUCCUCAACCUCCGGACACAAGUACCGGAGGACAAAACCCUACGACUCCCGACACAAGCCCAACGACUCCCGACACAAGCCCAACGAAUCCAUAUUCAAACCCGCCCGCCUCUACAACUCCAUAUUCAAACCCACCGGCCUCUACGAAUCCGUACUCAAGCCCAACAAGCCCAAAUGUAACUCCCACAACACCAACUACUACUCCAACAGGCCCAAGUGGAUCAUCUGGCGGCGGUGGUGGUGGUGGUGGUAGUGGUCAAUGGUGUGUUGCAAGCCCGUCAGCUGCAGAGACUACUCUAAAAGUAGCUCUUGAUUAUGCUUGUGGCUAUGGUGCUGAUUGUUCGCAAAUUCAACAAGGAGGGACUUGUUUUGACCCUAAUACACUUGCAGAUCAUGCUUCUUAUGCUUUCAAUGAUUAUUAUCAAAAGAAUCCUGCACCUACAAGCUGUGUAUUUGGAGGAGUAGCAGCACUUACAUCUAAAGAUCCAAGUCAUGGAAAUUGCCACUAUUCUUCCUCCAAAACAAGCAUGAGUCCACCAAAUCCACCACCAACUACAAUGACUCCACCUUCACCAACAACUAUGACUCCACCUUCACCAACUAUGAUGACUCCGUCUUCACCAGGCAUGACAAUGCCUGAUCCAGAUGGAGGAUCAUCAUCGGUCUAUGGUUCACCGCCUGGAAGUAGUCCCAAUAUAGCCGCCUCUACUUCUUUUUCCUUACUACUCCUACUUGCUACAACCCUCUAUGCUUCACUUCAUUUGCAAAGUUACAUUUAAAAGAGUUGGACACUAACACGUGUUAGACGUCAGACACAAAAGAUGGAUUAUUAUCUCGACCUUGAUGGGAAUUCACACAGUCUUUCAGCAGAUUUUGCAAGAUUUCAAGGAAGAAGAGUCAAAGUUCGAUAUUUGUCAUACGAAUUCUUGCAAAUAAAAGCAGUACUAUACACAACACUACUUUGCAUCAAUGUAUCAUCUUAGUUUUAGCAGAUUUAUAGGUUAUUAUAGACAGUUCUUUUACAGUAUUUCAUAUACAGAAUAAAUUAUUAGAUUAUUAUCUAUUUCAGAUAAAGGCAUACAUGGAAAAAGUUACAAUAAUAUUGAAUGAAACAUGGAAAUUCAAAUUUA